AUGCCGAAGUGGUGUCCAAUGAUGGGUGCUAAAAUAUCAUGCGGUGCCGCUUGUAUUAAAUAUCUAUUGUUCAUCUUCAACAUACUAUGGCUGAUAUUUGCAGUGGUGAUCAUAGUGUUGGGCUUCAAGUGCAUUGACUGGUCCGGAGAUAUUGAGCACAUAUACAACAACAGCAUUAAAACGGGCGCCGGUAUUGUCAUUGCCGUUGGUUUUCUCAUAUUAAUCAUGGCUUUCAUCGGCUGUUGCGGUGCUAUCACUCAAAACGUGUGCCUCCUGUCCACCUACUCCGGUAUAAUUCUUAUACUAGUAAUUGUGGAAAUAGUGGGUGUUGUCUUGGUGUUUAUAUAUAAGAACGAGAUUGAGAACGAGCUAAAAACUGCGCUGAGCCGUGAGUUUGGUAAGUGGAAUGGACCGAAUGCCCGGGCCGUACAGGUGCUACAGCAACGGUUCCGGUGCUGCGGUGUUACAGACUACCGGUCAGAUUUUAGUGGCGAGUCUGUGCCGGCCUCGUGUUGCGACCAGUGGGCCACCGGUAAGGCGGCAGAUAAGACGUGUCCCAAAAUGUUUGUUCAGUUUAGCAAAGGCUGUGCCGACACUAUUAGGGAUACGAUAAACAAUUAUUUGUGGGGCAUCGGCGGUGUGGCCAUCGCGCUGGUAGUCAUACAGUUACUAUUGGUGCGCCUGUUGCCUGGCAAGGGAGUUGUGAUGAUCAGGGUCGCUCGCGGGUUGACCCUCAUCAUCGCCAAGAUUACCGAGAAGGUAUUCAUAGCACAUAAUAUCCAUGAGCUCGCCGUAUAUCUCUGUGGCCCAGCGGGCCAUAUAGUCAAUGGUACGGGGAGUGCACUGUUUCACUUCCUCGGCCUCCGAUAUAAAGCACUGACUAGUAUUACUGAACUGACUUACCAACAAACCAUAGGUAUACGGACUUUUUCGUUUACCGACUGCAUGCCCAGCUCCUGGUCUACGAAACUAUAA